GCAGCGCCGCCUCCGCCCGCGGGGCCCGGGCCGUGCCGGGGGAGGAGGGGGAGCAGCGCCGCCGCCGCCGCCGCCGCGGGCGGGCCCGUCCCCCAGCGCCCCCCCCGAACACCAUAGGCGGCUCCGGCUCCAAGAUGUCCAACCGGGUGCUCUGCCGGGAGGCCAGCCACGCCGGCAGCUGGUACACGGCCUCAGGACCCCAGCUGAAUGCACAACUAGAAGGUUGGCUUUCUCAAGUACAGUCCACGAAAAGACCUGCAAGAGCCAUUAUCGCCCCCCAUGCAGGAUAUACCUAUUGUGGAUCUUGUGCAGCCCAUGCUUAUAAACAAGUGGAUCCCAACAUCACCCGAAAAAUUUUCAUUCUUGGGCCUUCCCAUCACGUGCCCCUCUCCCGAUGUGCACUUUCCAGUGUGGACAUUUACAGAACGCCUCUGUAUGACCUUCGAAUUGACCAAAAGAUUUAUGGAGAAUUGUGGAAGACUGGAAUGUUUGAGCGCAUGUCCCUACAGACAGAUGAAGAUGAACACAGUAUUGAAAUGCAUUUGCCUUAUACUGCUAAAGCCAUGGAAAGCCAUAAGGAUGAGUUUACUAUUAUUCCUGUGUUGGUCGGAGCACUGAGUGAGUCAAAAGAGCAGGAAUUUGGAAAACUCUUCAGUAAAUACCUAGCUGAUCCUAGUAAUCUCUUUGUGGUUUCUUCUGACUUUUGCCAUUGGGGUCAGAGGUUCCGUUACAGUUACUAUGAUGAAUCCCAAGGAGAAAUUUAUAGAUCCAUUGAGCACCUAGAUAAAAUGGGUAUGAGCAUUAUAGAGCAGCUAGAUCCUGUAUCUUUUAGCAAUUACUUGAAGAAAUACCAUAAUACAAUAUGUGGAAGGCAUCCUAUUGGAGUGCUAUUAAAUGCUAUCAACGAGCUCCAGAAGAAUGGAAUGAAUAUGAGCUUUUCAUUUUUGAAUUACGCUCAGUCAAGCCAGUGUCGAAACUGGCAAGACAGCUCAGUGAGUUACGCAGCUGGAGCACUCAUGGUCCACUGAACUGCUGAAUGCUCAGGGAUGGCACCUGCACACACUCUGUAUACGGGGUCCCAGCCUAGCCCUUACAAAGAUACAGUCCCUGGUCUUUGGGUAUACUGAAACCUCAAACUAAUAGAACUCUGUUCUUUUCUAGUAGGUGUAGUCCUUCCUUAGUUUCAACUCAUUUAAAAAUGCUUUCUUGUUUAGGACAAUGGAAAGAAGACUGGUAUCAGAGUUUUUUGCAAGAGUCUUUUUUUUCCUUGGAAGAGAUAAUGGCUAUGAAGGCAUGGUGGUAGACUGUCCUUAAAAAUACAACAUGUAAAGCAUUUACCAUAUCUUAAAUUUGCACUCUUUGCAGACCUGUGCACAUAUACUCAGCUUUCAGAAUAGUUUUGCAAGUUGUAAACGGAAAAAGGGGGUGGAAGCUUUUUAAUAAAAGAUAAAAAAGGAAAACAACGCAUUUAUAAAUGAUUCUGUAUUAGAAUAUAAUAAAACUCCAGUAUAGUCAGUUACUACCCGUGAUGUACAACAGAUAUCUUCUAUUUUAGUUGCUAAUAAAGGGCUACACAAACCAAAA